UACGUACUAAAAAAGUGAAAAAAAAAAUUAUUCUUCAGGUAAAUUCUUCAAAAUCAAUACAAUAUAAAAUAAAAUCAUUAUUUCAUCAACAAUUUAAUGGUAUUGACUCAAUUGAACCCUUAUAUUAUUAUUAAAAUCUUGGAUUUAAUAACAUUGUUAUCAAAGAUCAGGAUCAAUAUUAAGUGUACAAUAAUUUUACACAAAAAUUAAAAGAGUACAACUUACUGAUCUUGAUACUCUUGAAAAUGAACGGCGCCUUUAAAGAAAAUGAUUACAAACCAUCCACUGGAUUUGAUUGUGUAAUAAGAGAUGGUCAUACGUAUAAUGUAGCAGCAAAGUAUAUGGCUGUCACCAUGAUGGAUAAAUAUAACGAUAAAUCAUUUGAAGAAUUGCAAUUAGAAGAUUUUAAUGCACCAAAACUUUGGAAUCAUAUUGGUGCUAUUUCAAAUGCAUCGCUAAGGAUUUCAAAUUCUAAGCAAACUGAUACGGAUGAUAUGAGCGAAAAUAAUCAGUUGAAUGUAAUUAAAGAAUUUGUUGAAGAAUUAAUCAGUAGUUUACGAAAACUGGUAUUGAAAAUCGACCAAAUUUCUUCUAACCCAACAUCAUCAACCUCCAAGAAUACUCCAGCAACAACAACUACCGGUCCAUCGACUAUCGUUGCUAAUGAAACAUCAGCAAAUAAUAAAUUUGAUUCAACACCAAAAUCUAAUAGUUUCCCAUCUGCUGCCAUUGAAGUUACCCCUUCAUUUACAAAUACUACUUAUAAUCCUUUCACAUCUAAUCAGAGCUGUUUCGCGACCCAACUACCGAAAACUGAUUUUCUUCAUGCUAAUUUUCCUUUCACCAAUAAUAACCGUAAAGAACAGUACACAUUUGUUAUGCCAUUUAACCAUAAUGGUGUUUCGAAAACAACCACUAGCUCAUUUAUUUUUGAACCUACAUCAUCAAUUUUCACUACACCAUCAGCCAAAGAAACCAGUUCUUCCACAUUUAAUUUUACUCCUCCUAGUAGUAAUUGUUUUACAACACCAAUUAUUAUUCCAUCACUUUUUAAACCUACAACAUCAACUUCUAAAGAAACAUCAACCACAGUUUCUAAUUCUUCUACUGCCAAGUCUAUGCCACUAAACCACUCAUUUACUUUUACACCAACCACCGAUUCUAAUCACAACCUUUUUACACCAUCAACUACUACUAGUUCUAGUAAUAGUAGUAGUAGUAGUAGUAGUAGUAAUACAUGGGUCACUACUACAUCUGAUUUUAAUUCUUUAAAAUCAUUAUCUACUGAAAAAAAACCCAAAUCAACUAAUUCUUUAACAAAUAAACACAGUUUCUUUAGUACAUCAACCUAUAAGGGGCUUACACCGUCAGCUCCUCCAUUUUUUGCUUUAUCUCCAACCCAGCCAUUUUCAAAUAAAAUAUCUACCACGGAAACUAAUCCUUCUAACUCUAAUUUUAUGUCAUCAAACCAUAGUUGUUGGUAUGUCUCACCAACUACUACUUCUUCCAUUUUUAAUCCGUCAUCAUCUUUUGUUGAUAAAGAAACACCUGCAAAAACUAAUCCUUUUCCAUAUCCUAGUUUAUUCAAACAACAAACAACCACUCCUCGUACUUCUGAGACUUCAACAACAAAUUUAAUUACGGACGCUAAAGUAUCUGCUGAUUUUUUCACUUACAAACCUAAGAUAUCAAAUCCGAUCAGUUUCCCAGGAUCGGCAACGAAAUCUUCUGGUUUCAUACCUGCACCAUUUAAUCAACGAUUUAAUUGGUUGACUGAUAGAAAUUUUUCUAGUCUUAACAACUCAAGCCCAUUCAAUUCAAAAGUUUUAUCAGAUACUUUGAAACCAGUUUCUUCAACAUCACACAGCGUUAUAUUUUCACCACAAAAGUUUAACUUGAAUUUUUCACCUGCGUCAACAUCAAAAGACCAUUCUGAGACCAGUGCUGUAUGGCCUUUUAAUUAUUCACAUUUAUUAUCAAGGCAAAAAACUAAUUUUAGCAAAGAAGCAAUUGGAACAAAAGAACUUAGUGACGAUGAGUUAGUGGCGUCAACAAUUAAUUGUAUCCAAUCAUUAAAUACAAUUAUUUUUAAAGUACAAAAGUCAAAGUUGAUUGGAGUUUGUGAAAAUUUUGAAACCGCUAAAAGUAAUAUUUUAAAGUCUGCAUUGAUUCAAAUACGCAUCGCAAAUCCAAGAUUCAUGUCUAAUGACAAGUGCGCAUUUGUUAGUGAAUCAUCUUCGGUUUUAAAUGCUACCAUUAAAGACAAUAUUUUAGAUGGUAAACCAUUCAGAGCUCAACGAUACUAUGCCGCAGUUGCGAUGUGUUGUUUGAAAAAAGAUAUUGAUUCACUGAUACUUGGUGAUUUAACGAAAAUUGGCGAUAAUGGUAUUGAUUUAUCAGAUGCACAAAAGCAAAAAAUUGCACUCGCUAGAGCUUUUUAUGCUAACAAAGAUAUAUAUAUUUUGAACAAUGCAUUUAACAAGAUCGAUACUAAAGAUGCGCAAUUUAUAUUUGAAACUUUAAUUGCUGGUGCUCUUAAAGAAAAAAUUAUUAUUUUGAUUGAUGAUAAAUUUUCUUACCUUCGUCGUUGUGACAAAAUUUAUAUACUAAACAAAGGAGAAAUUGUUGAAGAAAGUAAUCAUUAUUAUUUGAUGACCACAAACAAAUUUUAUGCUUCAUUCGUCAAAACUGAUGCAGAUAACAAUGUAACUGAUAAUAACAAUAUUCAUGAUCAAUUAUCAAACCCGAAUGAGAAUUCACAAAAUUUGGUAACUCAAAAAACUCAAGACAGCUCAAAAGUAAAUGAAUCAAGUCAUCAAACUCAGGAUGAUAGUAUUGAAACAGGAACACAUAAAAAUGACAAGGAUGAAAUACAAGAAGCUAUUAAAGAAAAUCAUUUUGACAAUAAUAAUUCAGUUAGUACUGAAACUAUUGAAUUGACAGAAAUAUCUCAACCAAUUCAAAUAAUUAACAUUGAAAAAGAAAAAAAUAAAGAUCAAGAUGAAAUCAAUAACCCAAAAACUCAAUUAUCAAAUAAACUUGAAAACCAUGAAGCAGAAGAAUCAAAUCAACAAGAUAAAGCUCAAGAUGAUCAGCUGGAAGAAGAACAAAUUGAUCAACAAAUUCAAGUCGAGAGUGUUGAAAUAAAACAUCUGAAAAUUACUGAGGUUGAUAAGGAUGAAACUGAAGAUGACUUCGAGAUUUUCUAAGGAAAAAUUAAAAUAAUAUAUAUAACUUAUAUUAAAAUAAACAAAUACUUGAAACAUUAAUUAUUUUAUAAUAAAUUAUAAUUUUAUCAUAGCUGUAAAAUUCUACAUAAUUUUGCAAUAGUUGUAAUCGUUUUGUCUAGAAAUACUUUGAAACAAUGUUUUUGAUACUUGUAAUAUUAACACCAAUGGAAGAAUCAAAUGUUUAUAAUACACGUAUACUUUAUACUGAAAUAUUUUUUCGAUAAAAAAUAUGAAAAUGCCUUAUUUUUUAAUA